AUGGUAAGGGGGCCCAAUAAUACUAUGGUGGAUAUGAACAAAGAGAAAGUGGUUUUGAAUUCUCAGUUGUUUUCUUCAUCUCUAAAAGGGUUUAAGGACAAGACUAUCACCAACAAUAACAUGCCCUCCUGGCUUCUCACCAGCAUUUCUGAUUUGGAAGAGAGGGUGAAAAUGUUGGCAAUAGGAACAUGUGAAGAUGAAGAAGAAGGAGACACUUUUGCUGAAAGAGCUGAAACUUACUACCAGAAGAGACCUCAACUACUUUCACUUCUUCAUGAUUUGUACAAUGGCUAUAUAACUUUAUCCGAUCGUUAUAUACAAACACUUGCGAAACAUAAGCAUCAUAGCAGACACUCUUCCCAAGUUUCAACUUUGGAAGAAGGUUUCUAUGAUCAAGAAGAGGAAGAAGUUAUUAGUGGUGUGACUCAAGUUGAUUCGGAUAUGGAAAGUUCGAUCUCUUAUCAACAAACAUUGUCGUUGAGGAGUCUUCCUAAUAGGGGAGCAACUAUGUUUGAUGUUGACGUGGUUGUAGCUGAGCUUGUGAUGAAGAAUGUUGAGUGUGAUUUUCUGUUGCACGAGGUUAAUGCGAUGGAGAGGAGGUAUUGUGAGUCGUCGAGGAAAAGUGAGUUACAAAAGAGUUUGCUUGAGGUUUUGGAAUCUGAGAGAGUUGUUUUGCUGAAUGAGAAUGCUGGUUUGAGCUAUAGGGUUAAUACAUUGGUUGAAGAGAACAAAGAGCUUGCUUCGGAAUCUGUUUUUAUCAAACGGAAAGCUGGGGAGUUAGCCAAGUGUGUGUUGAAGAUGAGGGAGGAUCAUAGAGUCUAUCUAUUGCAUAGGAAAAUUGAAGAUCUUCAAGGACAGGUACAUGGUUUGGAGAAGAGGAACAAGGAGUAUUAUGAGAGGCUUUUGAGAAGAGAGAGUCAAGAAAAUGAAAACAAAGGGAAGAAUGGUGGUGAAGGAAUAGAAGCUUUGAGAAGGUUAAAGUGGAAAGAAGAGGAAAAGUCUUGUAAGAAGAAUUUGGAUGGAAAGAAAGGUCAUAGUUUGUGGAAAAAGCUCAAGAACAUGGACUUGUUGUUGUGUGGGACAAGUCCAGCUUGUUCUUGA